AUGGGCUACAAUCACCCUCAGGGUGGCGGUCCCUCCUACAAACAGAACAGCCAGAGAUUGAACCGAAUUCAAGCACAGCUUUACGAUCGUUUGAUCACCCACCAACAGCGAGAGAUCGACUACAAGAUAGAACGUCUUAUUGAGGAGAAUGAGCGCCUGGAUGUGAAUCGGACCAAGGAGCUGGAAACGCUGAGAAAUCAGAUCACAUCCGCCGUACACGAGAUCAUCAGUGAUGUCCGGCAGGAGGGCCAGAAGAUGCGAGCCUGGUCGGCGUUGUACGCUGGCUCACAGAAAGGGAAAGUGUACUCAACUGAGCAGCUCCUGUUGAACAGCCUUGUCUUCCGCUUGAUCAACUAUCGGUAUCAAGCUAUCCCGAAAGAACAUGCAAAAACAUUUGCCUGGGUCUUUGACCAAGACACAGAAUUGGACAGAACACUCCCACCCGUGAACUUCGUGGAUUGGCUUCGACAGGAUAACGGGCUAUAUUGGAUCUCGGGGAAGCCAGGCUCUGGAAAAUCAACCCUCAUAAAAUUCCUAACAGGACAUGAACAAACACAACAACACCUGGGGACGUGGUCUGGGGACAACAAACUUGUUCUGGCGAGUUUCUACUUCUGGAGCGCUGCCAAAGACUCCCUGCAACAGUCGCAGACAGGCCUACUCCGGUCCAUUCUUUACCAGAUUCUACGCCAAUGUCCAGAACUAAUACGGGUCGCUUUUCCCGACCAGUGGAGCCAGUCAAUUUCCAGCGUUACGGGCUUAGCCGAGACACCCUUCAGCAGCCCAGAGCUGCUCGAAGCCUUUGACAAGGUCACUACCGGACUGGCAACUUAUAAAAUCAGAUUCUGCUUCUUCAUAGACGGACUGGACGAUUUGAAAUCCUCACCCAACAUCAAAGCUUGUGUUUCCAGUCGUCCAUGGAACGAAUUUGAACCCGCUCUUGGUAAAGACAACCCGUGGAAACUGUACAUUCACGACCUAACGCGGGAGGAUAUCCGAAUAUACGUUGAAGAGAGACUUGGGAAACAUGAGCGUUUCCGAGAGCUUCAAGUAUCUGACGAUAAGUGUUUCAUUUUUGUGAAAUCAAUUGUCGACACAGCUCAGGGUGUCUUCCUCUGGGUAUCUCUGGUGGUGAACUCGCUUCUGGAUGGCCUCACCAACGCUGACACAAUCUCCCAUCUACAAGAACGACUACUCCAACUUCCCCAGAGUCUGGAUGAGUACUUCCAGAAAGCCCUUCUGACCGUCGAGGAACGGUACCGCCCGCAAAUGGCUCGAGCCCUUAUUGUCACCCUGGAAGCCUACAAAACUCUUCCUCUAAUCUGCUACUGGUUUCUAGACCGCGAAGACCCUGACUAUGUGCUGGAAUUAGAAGACAAAAUGCUGGAUAUGGAGAUGAUAAGCACACGGAUGAAGAUAACGCAGACUCGAUUGAAUGCGUACUGCAAAGGGCUCCUCGAGGUACAUUAUCCUACUGACAACAAGAGUAUCGAAUUAGAAUCGCCUACGUCAUUCUUCGGCUUUCAUGUAGAUUUCCUACACAGGACCGUGCGAGACUUCCUCUGGACGCCAGAAAUGCAAACUUUUCUCCAUACAUGGCUGUCACGGGAUAUCAACCUCGACCUCGACAUCUGCAAAUUCAUUUUAGCCAUGUUCAAGAUCUCAGCGCCCUAUUCAUUAAAAAAGAGUCACUCAUACCAUUUUAGGUGGUUCAUUGAAAGCUUCUUUCAUCACAUAGCAAAAUUAGACGACGAUACAGCCUGCGAGUGCUCCCAAUUCGCUCUCCUAGACAAAUUGGCAACAAUUUUCCAACUCUACAUUGAGAUCCGAACGAGUCAUUACAAAUACAUGGACGAAGACAUCGACGAGGUCGUGGACCGUGACUGGAACGGGGAGUUAGCAAUACUCGACCGAUCGGUCAAAGCAGGUCUUACUCGCUAUACUGAGCAUAUACUAAGAAAGAACCCAAAUAUACUGACGGAGAAUUCUGAAAUACUCCUGCUCGAAGCACUAUCUUUCGCAAAUAUUUAUGAGAUUGAUGGCUUAUGUGUUCCAAAUUCGGCGAUGCUCCAGAUACUUCUACGAAGUGGCGCUGACCCUAAUGGGCCACCAAUCACCGGCCUCUGGGUAACCUAUUUGAAAUUUUUGAGAAGGUGGAAAGAAGAAAAAGAAAAUUCUGGGCAGACUUUCAAAAGCCACUACCCAGCUGUCCGGAUGCUUUUAGAAUAUGGGGCUGAUCCCGACGCUCGGUGUUUGAAUCAGUGGACGGCGGUCAUGUUGCUGGUGAUUGAGGAUAGACAGCUAAAUGAGAGAAACGGGAAAUUUCAUAAAGGGAAUCAGAAAGGUAGUAGGAAGCAGCAUGCGAAGCCUAAGGAGACGGGGAAACUCCACGUGGUUCGAUCAUUUCUUCGGGAAUUGAGCCCUUUCCGUUCACGACGAAAGUGUUCAGUUGAUGGAUGA